AUGCGGAAUUAUGAGAGGUGGUAUGAGCAUGGAGUGUCCCAGGAGCAGGAGCCAUACAACCUAGUUGAUAGCUUUGAGGAAAACGAAGAUAGGAUGGAUGCAAUGAUGGAUGAUUUUGUCCAACAGGUUGAGAAUGCUGUUGAGGAAGAUGAGUGUAAUGGACUCUUUGAAGUUGAUAUUGGGAUGGCACUUGACAGAUUAGAUGGUGACACUGGUGAUGUAAUAGUUUCUAAGGAUGAGCAAGAAGAGGAAGGUAGGGGUGCGGAUGAGGAAGAAUAUGUCACUAAUGUGGAUGGCAAUGGAGAUGGAGGUAGUGGAGAGGGAGAUGGGUGCGAGGACAAAGAAGAGUGCGAGGAUAGAGAUGGAGAUGCAGAGGAGGAGGAAGAGGAGGAUACUGCUGCACAACCUGUGUUCAGAUAG